ACCAUUUUCCUCUGUUUUACCUUCCCUGUUCAAGUUACUUUAUAUUGUCAGCACUCAGGUUUUGUAAUAUUUCAGGUUAUAACAGAAAUAGAAGGAAAGAAGAUAUUAGGGUUUGUUUGUGGCACACUACUUAUGGUCCGCUUAAAGAAUAGAAGACUAGACGGACAUACUGCUCUUGAGAAAUGCCUCAUCCAGGACUGGCUAACCUACUGUGCCACGGACCUCUUCCACUGCCCCACCUUUGAGACCCUCAAUGUGUGUCUGCAGUACAUCAAUAAAGAGUUGGCACAUCAUUCUUACCUUUGUGGCUACACACUGAACAUUGCUGAUGUGGUCGUGUUCCUUGCACUUCAUCCCUUCAUUUCUAACUGGAGUUUCCUUCAGAAGGAGCAAUACAUGAACAUUUCCAGAUGGUUCAGCGCUAUGCAAAAGGACGAGAGCCUUCGAGAAACAUAUGCUCCAGUUCAGUUCUCUCGAACAUUGUUGUACUGACAAUAUUAACUACCUGUUGAGAACAUUGAUUAUAAAGAAAAAAUGUCUUAU